GGUUUGACUAUUGAACAGGUAUAAAAGAAUUGCGGACGAUGUCAAGACCAGUGCUGCUUGUUUUUCUGCUUCUUAUUCUCAUUAUCACUUCCCAGUUUGAGUGGAAGCAACAAGUUGUGCCUGAUCUUGACACUACUCCAAGCAUCUCCAAAAAGCAGAAUCAAAACUCGAAUAGGGAAGUAGCUGUGAAAGAGAAGAUCAUAUUAUUGCAGGAAAAGAACAUUCAGAGACUUAAUGAGCUUGUUCGUAGUCUUCGGCAACAGUUGGUACAGUGUAGGAGCAAGAAUGUGACUAGAAAUCAAACUGUAAGCUUCCUAACAGAACAAGUUACAGAACUUGAACGACAUCAGAUAUUCGAUGACUAGGCUGAGCCCGUGGAAGUAUAUGGAUUCUUGUAAUAUGUUUGAACUGUAAAAACCUUUGUGUUCUUUUACCAGGUUUCACAAUGAAAUUCCACUUAGUUUGAGUGUAGAAUGCCAACCACUCGUGUCAUUGUACCACACUGUAAUUCAAACGUAAGAAUCUUCUCGUCACAUUUUAACCGUUUUUCCCUUUGGUUAAGUGGAAAUUUAAUACUCUGAAAAGUUGUUUCUUCAUGC